CAUACUCACUCUGUCCACAAGAUGGCGUCUCAGGCUGUGCUGAGGUGUUGGAUGAAGCCCUGGCUCUUCCAGGUUGAGUGAGAGUUUUUCGUUUUUUUUAGUUUAGUUUAUUUAUUUGACGAUUCACUUUAAAAGGACAAUUACAUGGUUGCAAACACCGAUGUACAUGCACAAUUAAAAGAGUAUCAAUGAUAACGCAAAAAGUCACAAGACUUAUUUCCAUUGUGGUCCUUGCUAUACCAAACUUCUGCAACUUCUGCUGCAAAACUGUCAAGGUUUGUGAAAGAAAUCAGCAGUGUCCAUUUGCUGGGGUGCAAGAAAUAGCAAAAACCGCUUCAACCCAAUCGUGCCAUCGUGCGAGGAAGGCGUGAUUUGUCUUGAUUUAAACCAGUUAGGACGUAGCUUUUUCCACCCCAAUGCUGAAAUUUACAUUGACAAGUGAGCCGCUUUAAGAAGUGGCUUUCUGUGUACUGUUUCUGUAAAAGUUAGUAUUUUCUUCUUUGUAUGAUUUGUCUGGGAUUUGCUCGGCCAAAGAUACAAAAGUACAAGAGGCAUUGACUGUCCAGCGCAGCAGCAAACGUUUCAGUCACGUGCUUUCAUCAGUGCUAGACCACCUGUUCUACAGCACAACUCUCUCUUUGCUUUGAGUCAGGAUUUAUAAAGAGGAAUGGAUUGUGGACGCAAACUCUGGAUCUUUGUUUGAAUCAUGUACGGGAGGGCGUGUGCUUGCCAUUAGCUGGAGAAUUAGAUUCCAUUUGGACUAACAGGUCAGAGAGCUGACUGAACCAGUAAGAACCGGGCUGGUGUAGAACUGCUGGCAGAUCAGCCAAUCAAACAUCAGUGGUACAAUGCUGCCCUUUGCAGGAAGUGCUGUUUCUGACAAUCUGGCGUGUCUAACAGGAAGAGGGAAGUAUAGUUUCUCACUGGUGGAAGAUUUAGUUACAUCAGGGACCUUUUAAUACGAUUUCAAUCUAUAUUUUUCAGAAAUACAGGAUUUUCUGAUAACAUAGAGAGAGAAAAAAUACCAAGACGAAGAGAGAUUUGAGUCUAAUUUUAAAUACAGUCCUUAGCUUCAGUUUCCUGUGACAGCAGUAAGUAAAAGUGAAACUAAACUACAGAUUAAGCAGAAGCCAUUACUGAGCUCUGAACAGACUGAGACAGAAUGGCAUCUGGAUCUUCUCUGCUGGAAGAGGAACUCUCCUGUCUUGUGUGCUCUGAAAUCUUCAGGGAUCCUGUUGUCCUGAGUUGCAGUCACAUCUUCUGCAAGGCCUGUCUGCAGCAGUACUGGGAACAGAAGGGAUCUCAGGAGUGCCCAGUUUGCAGGAGAAGAUCUUCGAAGGGACUACCUCCCUGUAACCUGUCUCUGAGCAAUAUCUGUGAGGCGUUCUUAAAGGAGAGAAGUCAGAGAGCUAAAGCAGGAUCUGAAGUGCUCUGCAGUCUGCACAGUGAGAAACUCAAACUCUUCUGUUUGGAGGAUCAAAUACCCGUCUGCCUUGUCUGCCAAACUUCAAAAAAACAUGAAAACCACAAAAUGCGACCAGUUCAGGAGGCUGCCGAAGAGUAUAAGGAGAAACUCAGGACUGCACUGGAUCCACUGCAGGAGAAGCUUAAAGCCUUUAAUGCUGUGAAACUAGUCUGUGAUCAAACAGCAGAGCACAUCAAGAGUCAGGCCCAGCACACAGAGAGACAGAUAAAGAUGGAGUUUGAGAAACUUCAGCAGUUCUUAAAAGAUGAAGAGGCAGCCAGGAUUGCUGCUCUGAGGGAGGAAGAGGAGCGGAAGAGUCUGAUGAUGAAGGAGAAGAUUGAGAAGAUGACAGAAGAGAUAUCAUCCCUUUCAGAACAAAUCAAAGCCAUAGAACAGGAGCUGGGGGCUGAAGACAUCUCAUUCCUGCAGAGCUACAAAGACGUGGAGAAACGAGCCCAGUGCACACUGGGGGAUCCAGAGGUCUCAGGAGUGCUGAUUGAUGUGGCCAAGCACCUGGGCAAUCUGAAGUACAGAGUGUGGGAGAAGAUGCUGGGGACUGUUCAAUACACUCCUGUGAUUCUGGACCCAAACACAGCACAUCCUGAGCUCUUACUGUCUGAGGAUCUGACCAGUGUGAGACGCAGUGAUGAGAGACAGCAGGUUCCUGAUAAUCCAGAGAGAUUUGAUGGGGAGCAGUGUGUGCUGGGCUCUGAGGGAUUCAGCUCAGGGAGACACUGCUGGGAUGUAGACCUGGGGGAUGGAGUUUACUGCGUGGUGGGUGUGGCUGAAGAGUCCAUCAGCAGGAAAGGGGUUUUGGAUCUGAGCCCAGCAGGAGGACUGUGGGGUAUACUGCGGCGCUCUCGGCGUUAUGAAGCCCUGACCUCCCCACCUACAGCCCUCACUGUGCGGAGGAAACUCCAGAGGGUCAGAGUGCAGCUGGACUGGGACAGGGGGGAGGUGUCAUUCUCUGACCCCAGUACCAACACUCCUCUCUACACUUUUAAACACUCCUUCACUGGGAGAGUGUUUCUGUUCUUCCUUCCUGGUUCUCUGCAGAUCUGUCCACUGAAGGUGAAGGUGUCUGUGUGUGAUGAGACACUCUGGAAAAUGGCGUCUGGAUCUUCUCCCCUGGAAGAGGAGCUCUCCUGUCCUGUGUGCUCUGAAAUCUUCAGGGAUCCUGUUCUUCUGAAUUGCAGUCACAGCUUCUGUAAGGCCUGUCUGCAGCAGUACUGGGAACAGAAGGGAUCUCAGGAGUGCCCAGUGUGCCGGAGAAGAUCUUCUAUGGAUCCACCUCCCUAUAACCUGUCUCUGAGGAAUGCCUGUGAGGCAUUCUUAAAGGAGAGAAGUCAGAGAGCUAAAGCAGGAUCUGAAGUGCUCUGCAGUCUGCACAGUCAGACACUCACAAUCUUCUGUUUGGAGGAUCAAAUACCCGUCUGCCUUGUCUGCCAAACUUCAAGAAAACAUGAAAACCACAAAAUGCGACCAGUUCAGGAGGCUGCAGAAGAGUAUAAGGAGAAACUCAGGACUGCACUGGCUCCACUGCAGGAGAAGCUAAAAGCCUUUAAUACAGUGAAACUAAUCUGUGAUCAAACAGCAGAGCACAUCAAGAGCCAGGCCCAGCACACAGAGAGACAGAUAAAGGUGGAGUUUGAGAAACUUCAGCAGUUCCUAAAAGAUGAAGAGGCAGCCAGGAUCACUGCACUGAGGGAGGAAGAGAUGCAGAAGAGUCAGAUGAUGAAGGAGAAGAUUGAGAAGAUGACAGAAGAGAUAUCAUCCCUUUCAGAACAAAUCAGAGCCAUAGAACAGGAGCUGGGAGCUGAAGACGUCUCAUUCCUGCAGAGUUACAAAGAUGUGGAGAAACGAGCCCAGUGCACACUGGCGGAUCCAGAGAAGGUCUCAGGAGCGCUGAUUGAUGUGGCCAAGCACCUGGGCAAUCUGAAGUACAGAGUGUGGGAGAAGAUGCUGGGGACUGUUCAAUAUACUCCUGUGACUCUGGACCCAAACACAGCACAUCCCAUCCUCUCACUGUCUGAGGAUCUGACCAGUGUGAGAUACAGUGGUGAGAGUCAGCAGGUUCCUGAUAAUCCAGAGAGAUUUGAUGGGUGGUAGUGGUGUGUGCUGGGCUCUGAGGGAUUCAGCUCAGGGAGACACUGCUGGGAUGUAGAAGUGGGGGGUGAAGGUUUCUGGGUGGUGGGUGUGGCUAAAGAGUCCGUCAGCAGGAAAGGGUUUAUGGAUCUGAGCUCAGCAGGAGGAGUGUGGGGUAUAGGGCUGCUGACAGGGGAAUACAAAGCCCUGACUUCCCCACGUACAGCCCUCACUGUGCAGAGGAAACUCCAGAGGGUCAGAGUGCAGCUGGACUGGGACAGGGGGGAGGUGUCAUUCUCUGACCCCAGUGACAACACUCCUCUCUACAUUUUUAAACUCUCCUUCACUGAAAGAGUGUUUCCAUUCUUCUGGCCUGGUCCUCUGCGGAUCUGUCCACUGAAGGUGUCUGUAAGAGUGGAAUAGUGCUGUGGUUUGUGGGCAAGGAUCAAGUGAACAGGCUGCUUCUUUCACUUUGAUUAAUGAGAUAAAAAUAUCUAUUACGAUGUUUUCUUUAAUUAUUUUAAAAAUAAUGAUCCGUGUUUGCAGCAGUUCAUGAUGAAUGUCCCUUUGUAACCUCAUGAUGUCAAUGUUGGAACUGGUUUGUGUGUAAUCAGUUGAGGUGUAAUAAAUGCACCAGUGGAAUCA